AUGCCCGACAAGCGGAAAAGCUCCAUGCCUGAUCCAUCUCCUAAGCGACUCCGUGUCUCAAAUGACGACGAGAGUGAUGGACAGCCCCACGUGACACCCCAAGAGCGGCCCCGAAAUAACCCCAUCUACGGCCAGAAAAGCGCGUUUCCGGGGCUAGACGAUGGCGGCGACGAGCUGUUUUACGGGCCCGCUGACGAUGGGUUGGAAUACUUGCGCAUGGUCCGAUCCGAAGCGAGCUCUUUACCUUCGCUCUUUGUCAUUCCAACCCCCAUACCAGCUACAGACAAGCCAGAUUUGCAGAAGGAUACUGCAGAGGUUGCCUUAGAGCUUCGAAAGUUUCCGGUUGGGUUCUUCGAAGAUGAAGCUUACAUCGCUCCUGUCCAAACCGACCAGCAGCCUGUCGCCGCGGUCGACAAUCGGUUCCCCGACGCACAAAUUUCAUAUUACAAUCUUCUCCGACAUCGAUUUCUCCUUCUCCGCUCGACCCUUCGAUGCACACCUCCUGCAACCGCGAUCGCCGCUCUAGACGACGCACACCCCAUUAGUCUUCCACGCCAAAGCAACAGAGCGCGCAAAGAGUGGCGGCGUCUGCUGCUCGAAGUCGACCCACAAAUGGUUCAGUUGGCCUGCAUGGACUUGGAUAGUGUGUUGCGGGUGUUGAGUGUUCUCGCGCGCGAAUUAUCUGAGAACGUGCGGAGUGGGAACACUGUCUGUGUACGACGCACAGGUGCAUGGGCCUGGGGAUUACUUGGGAAAUGUCGGGAUGUUGGGGAGCUGGCGACGGAUCAGGUGGGAGAAGUGCGCAACUUGGGCAAGCGGGCUGCGAAAAUCCUACAAAAGAUAUCGGAGAAGGAGAAGAAACAAUCGAGAGAGGAGGGCGAGGCAUCUGAUUCGGAUGCGGAAGAGGAUGAGGCCGAAAACGAAAGCCCGGGAGAGGAACUGAUCCAUGAAACGGCGGUCCAGCAAGACUCUGAGAUGCCUGAUGCUGUGGACUUCUCCGCAGAGUUGGAGGCUGCAAAGUUACGACUGCGAAACCAAUUGCAGGAUAGGACCGAAGUGACCGCUACUGCCGAGGAAUCUGACGUUGCGAUGCCAGAGAGCCACCCAGAGAGUGGUGAUGCACUUGAAGGAGCCGCUGAUGUGAACGGAGACGACGAAGAUGAGGAGAACACAGGGCAGCAGGCACGCGCCCUACUGGAUAUGAUAAUCACUAUCGUGGGCGAGUUCUUCGGACAACGAGAUCUUCUGGAUGCGCGGGAGGUCUGGACUAGCGAGAUUGUAUUUCAGACGUAA